AAUAAUCAAAAAUUCGUAAAAAAUUGAAAAAAAUACCUACUCAUGAAAUCUUUAAUGUCGUUUGUUGUGCGGGCCAAAAUUUUGGCUCGGUGUAUACAACUGAAAAAUCGAUCAUUCAUCAACGAAAUUAUAAUCUUCAUCAUGUCUUUAUUCAUGAUUUCAUCGAUACAAUGUACAUCAUUAUCAUUUCAUCAUGAUGAUAAAAACAGUGAAAUAAAUCAUCAUAAUUUGAUGUCGAAAAAUUUUAUGUUUAACGACGAAACAGAAAAUCUGAUCGAUGAUGAUCGUGAUCAACAGAGAAAAUUUCGAGGUCGAAAUAAAUAUGAAUCGACCAUUUCUACUUUGACAUCUAUAGUACCUACGAUUGAAUUUUCAUCACCAUCGUAUUCAUUUUCAGCAUUGUCUCAUCAUAAUCCAUUGAAUGAUGAGGAAAAUUUUAUAUUUCGUCAUGAAUGGAAUUUUACCGAAGUCAAUCUGGCAAAUAGUCAUCUAUUCUAUAUUCGAACAAAAUAUUCAUGUUCAACACCUCGUGCUAAAUUAGUAAAAGUGUUGGAUUAUCAUGCAUCACCAUUAAAACAAUAUGUACCUAGAUGCACUGUUCUGCAUAGAUGUGAUGAUGAAAGCGGAUGCUGUGAAGAUGUGACACAUCGCUGUGAACCAAGUAAAACUCAAUUGGUCGAAUUAUAUUUCCAUGUAAUUCGUUCCGAUAUGAAGAAUAAUAUAACUGGUGGUAAUGCUGUUGGCAUUGAACGGCUUACAUUUUUAAAUCAUACUCAUUGUGAAUGUAAACCAAUCAAUUAUAUGCCAAGAAGUGUCCAAAUUCGACCUCCUUUGCGUUUAAUGAGUUCUGGCUCUGAUCGUGGUCAUCAGCAAGGUCAUCAUCAUCAUCAUCAUCACCACCGUCAUAAUAAUCAUCAUCAUAAAUGCAAACAUGUCAUCAAAUGUCCCGAGCCAUUCAUUCAAAGAUUUCGUGGCACAGAUCAACGCUGUAUUUGUGAUUGUGUUCGUCAAUUGGGCCAUUUUACUACCGAUAAUGAUAGCGAUGAGGAAGUAUCCUACAAAUUUUGUCUGAAAAUUCAAGAUGGCCUAGCAAAAUUUGAUCCAUUACGAGCUAGAUGUAUACAAACUGGUGAAUGUUCUGAACCUAUAUGUUCAUUUGGUUUACGAUUCAACAGAACUGAAUCUCAAUGUUCAACACAGAAAUCAGGUCUGUGGUUGAAUUACAACCACAACCACCACCAACUGUUUCAGACUAGUUUACAAAAUUCACCAAAUAAUAAUCAUCAACAUCAAAUUCGUCAUGACCUUCAUAAUCAUCAUAAUGGACAGCAUCAUCAACAUCAUCCACAUCAUUCUCGAACCUCUCCACCUCCAGCAAUCUAAAUGACCAAAGCAUAGUUUAAACAAAACAAAAAAAUCCUAGCUCAUUGAUGGUAUGAGAUUCUUGUUUCUUGUCAUUCUAAUACCAUCAUCCAAGCAUAGCGAUGAAUCUAAAUCUAAGCCAAAAAAAAAAUUUCCAAUCAUUAUCUCAUACAAAAAAAAUUCAAUUUAAUCUUUUGAUUUAUUUAUAAAUAAUAUUCAUUUUUUCAGUGCUUUGCAUAAAAAAAAUACAUAUUUCCAUAAUUCUUUGUAUGGUAUUUUUCAUUUAAAUAUUUGACAAAAAUAAUUAACAUUUUAAAGCGACACCCUCUCGAUGGCCAUGAUUUGCUGGUGUAUAUUCGAU